AUGCCUUCCAAAAACUCUAUUAACAGACCAAAGUUGACUACAAAUGUACGUUCUAAACAACAGAAAUUAGCACGUAAGAGAGACCAACGUGAACGUGCAGGUCAUUUCAAUCAAGCUAGAUCAGCUGAUGGUUCUCGUUCAGGUGAAGCUAAGUCUGUUGCACUAGAUAUAUAUUUUGGUAAAGAGGAUUCAACGACAUCGAGGGAUCAAUCACAUCGUGGUGGUUUGACUAAUAAGACUUUAUCCAAGAAAAGAGCACAAAAGAUUGAACGUAAUUUGAAAUAUGCGCAACAGAGACGUUUAUUGACUGAUGUACAAGCUGGUUUAGAAAAUAAAGCUGAUGAUGAUGAGAUGAAUGUUGAUGGUGGUAAUAAAGCCCUAUUAAGAAAACAAGAAAUUGAACAAAGUAAGAAUAAGAAGAAUAAUAUGUCAUUAAUUAGAGAAGCUUUAUGGAAUUCCAUUGAAGACGCGCAAUCUCAAGGUCUAACUUUGGCUACUGGUCAAGGUACAACUUUAGGUGGCCCAUUCUUCCCAUGA